AUGAGUCGAACUCUUUCACGGCGAGUCUUGGCUCAAUCGCCUUUCGCCUCCAUUUCCGAAUCUGCGAAUGCCACUCAAACAUUACCCCUCCGAUGUUUGCGACCUUUUUCAAGUACACCAAAUCAGAAAGCUGAGGGCGACAACAAGCCUCUUCCCGAUUAUGUACCUCACAAUCACUCAACCCUGAAGACCGGUGGAACUGCCGGUCUGCUAGCUAGAGCCAAGGCUGCCAGAUCCUCUUCGCUGAAUCCAAAGGCUACCAGAUCGGCAGCAGCAGGAGGAAACUUGGGCAUAACUAGCGUUUUCAAAGACAUGAUGAUGCUAAAUAAGCAAGAACGAAAGCGACCGGGCUUACUGGAUACGACUCUGCCUUCGGAUGGAAAUUUGAUUGGGGAACGAAUCGUUGAGGAGGAGCCGCAUCACUUUCACGUUUAUGCUACAAGACAUAACACCCAUAUCACACUCACAAGACCAAAUCGCGAACCGAUCAUUUCAUUAUCGUGUGGAAAUAUUGGUUUCAGGCACUCGGGGAGGAAACACUAUGAUUCGGCUUUCCAAUUGGCUUCAUUGGUGAUGACGCAGAUUCAUGAGAGGGCUAUUGGUCGUGAUAUCCACAAGUUGGAGUUAGUUCUGAGAGGAUUUGGUGCGGGGAGAGAGGCUGUUACUAAGGCUCUUUUGGGUACGGAAGGCAGAUGGUUGAGAGGAAAGGUCGUCAAAGUUACAGAUGCUACAAGAUUGAAGUUUGGUGGUACGAGAAGUAAGAAGCCAAGAAGAUUGGGUUAA